CAGCCAACCCCUCAGAAUUUCCACACACAGGCAGAAAGAGGCACAAGCAGGAAUAAGUCACAAGCCCUCCCACACACAUCCCCCACAAGCAUCUCUGGCCACCGGAGCGUGUCAUACUUCUACCAAGCCUGGACCAUGACGGCUGCCGCCGUUGCCAUCGUCCUCCUGAUCUUAGUGUCAGAGGGAAUAUGUGAGAUACAACUCAAAGGAUUUGAAGGUGGUGGCCUCCUCAUUAAGUUCAAAUAUGACAACAUUUAUAAACACAAGACAAAGACCUUCUGCAAGCGAGAGGACAGAAAGUGUCUAUUCGAAAGACAGCAGUUUGUGGGUCGCAUUAAAGAGUUUAAUGUCGUCGAUGAAGGAUAUUAUGUGGUGUUCAUCACACAACUGGCCCUUACGGAUGCUGGAGAUUACCGGUUUUCUGUGGAAAAUGAAGAUGAGGAUAUUGACGUGACGCUGAAUAUAAAACGAGGUGAUUGCUGUAAAGGACCCCUCACAGUUAUGAGUCGCCAGGGAGAAACCGUUGCCAUCUCCUGCAAGUAUCCGAAGGAGUCGAAAGGCAACAGACAGGUUUUUUGCAAACAGGGGCAUGUUUUCACCUGUUCAAACCUGAUUGAGGCGUCCAGCGGUAGGUUUACUGUGAUUGAUGAUGAUUCCCUGAACGUCUUCACUGUGAGCAUACGUAACGUGUCCAGGACCGACCCUGGGAUCUACUGGUGUGGAGUCAGGACUGGGGCAAACACUGGCAGCGUGGCCCUCAUCACAGAGGUCCACCUCAAAGAAGCUCCGUCUCUGCCUCCAUCAUCAUCAGUCGAUAUGCCUUUGAUCAUAGGAGUGUGUCUCACUGUUGCUGUGCUGAUUUUAGUCAUUGCAGUCUUCAUAUUCCUCAAGUACAGACAUCAAAGAACAUCAAAAGCCAAAUCCUCUCCUGCUCCUGCCACCUUACCAGGGGAUCCUGACUCAAGGACGCCCAGAGACAAGAAACGGGUCGGUGACAAAUCUACGGCCCAUGCAGACUGUGAAUACGCGGAGAUUAAGGGUGCUGUUCGCCCUCCUCACCAGCAGAGGGCAGACAGCGCGGCUACCUCAGAUGCCCACCCUGCCCACACCUCCGAGGGCCCCAGCUACGCCACGGUCCAUUUCCGCAAGCAUCCCGAGCAGCAGACCGACGCCAAGGCCACCGCUGAGAGUCUCCAGGAAGACAACGCUGGCUGUGAAUACGCCGCCAUCAAACACCGGUGUUGAAAACACAGUGUCAACCUAACCUGGAGGUCCUUCAUACAUUGGCCUCCAAAGGGCUCAUGUCAAGCCAUCCCAAUUCGGACACCAUAUGCAAUAAAGGGAGAAAGCAGUCACCCCACCCGACCUCA